UUUUGUUUGUAUAUGAGACACAAGGUUAUUUUUUGCAAGGUGGUAGAUGCGAGAGUGAAGGGAGGGGAUUACAGCCGAGUUCUUAUUGUCUUGCCAAGGGCGGGACCAACAAACCAUACUUAGAUGGAAGGGCUGUAUCUUACAUUUAUAAAUAUGGGACCUAGGCCCGUAUAUAUGUCAAUGUAUGAAUUAGUUCUUUAAAUCUAUAGAACCACAAAGUUAAUAAUUAAUAUGUCAAAAGAUCAAACUAGACCAUCGAUUGUACUGCUCGAUGAUGAGCUUGAAAGUCAAGAGAAAGACCAACUUGAAACAGUGAUUUCGUCUGACACAAAUGCUCCACAGCAACAUGUCUUGCUGUCCAAAGGUAUGGAUGAAGCCAUGAGGUAUGCAAUUGAGAACCAUGAUGAAAACAUUCAACUUGAUCCAGAAACUGAAAGACGACUCAUUCGGAAAAUUGAUUUGUAUCUUCUUCCAGUUAUGUGCCUAGUUUAUUGUGUUCAAUUUAUGGAUAAACUGUCCAAUUCAUAUGCCUCGGUUUUGGGACUUCGUAAAGAUUUGAAGAUGACGGGUGAUAUGUAUGGAUGGACAGGUAGUGCCUUCUAUAUUGGGUAUUUAUUCUUUGAGUUCCCAGCUUCCUAUUUACUUCAAAGACUCCCAGUUGCUAAAACUGCUUCGGUGUUUAUGUUGUUAUGGGGUGUUGUCUUAUGUCUUCAUGCGGUACCCCAAUACGAAGGAUUUAUUGCCUUGAGAACACUUUUAGGAAUGCUUGAAUCAUCGGUUACUCCAGCUUUCACUAUCAUUACCCUGCAGUGGUACAAAAAGGAGGAACAAUUCUUAAGAGUGGCCAUUUGGUUUGCCUUUAAUGGUGUUGGUAUAAUCCUUGGGGGGGGCCAUUUCUUAUGGGUUAUCCAUCCAUGGCAAUUCUUAUAGCAUGGAAGCAUGGAAGCUCAUUUUUGUGGUCACAGGUUGUAUCACCAUCUUCUUAGGGCUUCUUGUGUUGGUUCAUAUUCCAGACACUCCAGCAGGCGCAUGGUUUCUUUCAGACAGUGAAAAGAAACUUGUAAUUGAACGUAUUAGAUCUAACCAACAGGGGUUUGGUUCUAAAAAAUUCAAAAAGUAUCAAUUUGUGGAGGCACUUUUAGACUAUAAGACUUGGCUCAUGUUUGCAUUUGCAUUCUGUAACAAUGUACCCAAUGGAGGUAUUACGAAUUUCGGGAACAUUUUACUUGUCAGUGACAUUGGUUAUACUCCCAAUGAGUCACUUCUCAUGCAAAUGCCUGCUGGUGCCGUUCUCCUUGUUGGAUGUAUCGGAUUCUCGUAUUGUGUUCGUUGGUACCCACAUAGAAUGUUCUGGGCCAUUACUGGUACAAUGGUGGUUGUGUUUGGCCAAUGUCUUUUGGCAUUCGCCAAUAACAACAAGAUGAAAUUGGCAGGAUUGGCUAUCUCCUCCAUGUCUUCUAUCGGUAUUAUCUGUAUUCUUUCUUUGAUUUCUUCGAAUGUUGCUGGUCACACAAAGAAAGUUACAACCAGUGCCAUUUUCUUAAUUGGAUAUUGUGUGGGGAAUUUAGUUGGCCCACAGACUUUUAGAAAUUCAGAGGCUCCAGGUUAUCAAGGUGCAAAAACAGCCAUUGUUUCCUGUGGAUUUAUUGGUUUAUUUGUAUUAUGUGUUAUCUGGGCAUCCUACAUUUGGGAGAAUAAACGUAAGGAUAAGAUUGAUUUAUCAAAACAUCAAGCACUUGAGAAUCAAGAAUUUGCUGACUUAACUGAUAAGGAGAAUGUUUUCUUUAGAUACUCUACAUAG